GUAAAAACGUAAUUGAGAUGGAAUGAAUCCCAUUGUUGUUGUUCCUUCCUUCCUUCCUUCCUUCUAUUCUAUCCAUUUGGUGUGUGUGAGUUGCAAUGGCCAACACAAUCACAACAAUGGGUUUUCAACUCCGACCCAUGACGACGCCGUUUCACUUCCAUUCCCCUCGCUGCUCCCUUUCCCCCACAUCCAAUUCAAUUAAAGCUUUUUCAGUUCCGAGAAGAAAAGCAAUGUCAUUGAUCUUCUCAACUUACAUUCUCUCAGAUGCUUAUUCAGCUUUGGCUCAACAACCUCGUAUUUUUCGCGAAUAUGUCGACACAUUUGAUGGCUAUUCAUUCAAGUACCCCUCAAAUUGGAUUCAAGUACGAGGUGCUGGUGCUGAUAUUUUUUUUAGGGACCCUUAUGUUCUCGAUGAAAAUCUCUCCGUUGAAGUUUCUUCACCUUCAUCUUCUCGAUAUAAAAGUGUUGAAGAUUUGGGUCCACCUCAAGAAGCUGGGAAGAAAGUUCUUAAUCAAUAUCUAACCGAGUUUAUGUCUACAAGACUUGGUGUUAGACGUGAAUCCAAUGUUCUUUCUACUUCUUCUAGAGUUGCUGAUGAUGGCAAGUUAUAUUAUCAAGUUGAGGCGAACAUUAAGUCAUAUGCUAGUAACAAUGAGCUUGCUGUUAUGCCACAAGACCGGGUGGUCCGUAUGGAAUGGAAUAGGAGGUACCUCGCUGUUCUAGGAGUUGAAAACAACCAACUGUAUGAGUUGAGAUUACAAGUGCCUGAAAAUGUCUUCUCAGAAGAGGAGAGUGAACUUCGUCGAGUCAUGGACUCGUUUCGAGCAAACAAGAUCAUUCGUUAGAACUAGAAUGUUGAAUAAAUCAAAAUGUUCCAUCAUUCUAUGGUCUUGUGUAUGUUUUUGUCAUUUAUUUGAUUAGUUAAUUUCUAAUUGUAAAAUUUUCUUCAAUUCAAUUUAUGCAAGUCUCCUUCGUUUUCAUAUUCA